AUGUUAAAGAAACAACAAAGCAUGAGUUUUAGCUCAUUGCAGGAUACUUUUAAACCAUUAGAAUAUGAUUCAUUUAAACAGAGUGAAAUUUUUGAGCAAAGUUGGCAAUCUAAGGGUGAAGAUAAAAUAAAUACUAACGAAAAUAUUAACAUUAAUAAUUCAAGACUCUAUUCAUCGCAGUUAAUGGGAGGAGAUUUAGGAAAUAUCAAUUUAAAUGGGUUAGAAAUGAAAUUUGAAAAAGAAAUGCCAAUUUUAAAAGAGUCUUUCAUACCAAACGAACAAGUAUAUCAUGAUAUUCCAAAAUUUUUAAUGUCUUACUCUGAUUUAUACCAGAAUCAAGCAUCUCAAUAUGAAGGAGUUGAUAAAUUUCAAAGCUCAAAAUUUAGCAAUACAAUGCUUAAUACACAGCCGUCUUCAUGCUGGAGUAACAAUUUAAUUGAACAAAAUUAUAUGGAAGCAAAUACAAAUAAAAUGUACCGGUUGAAAGAUGAAAACAUAUUUCUCGAAGAAGAUGAUGGGAUCUUAGAUGUAUUGAGUCAUGCAUUAAGCAAGACUUGUUUAGAUGAUGAAACAUUGGAGCAAAUUAAUUCUGGAGAUGAACCUUGUAAAUACAACUUUACAAACAGUAUUUCUUCAUCUCCUACAUCAACUUCAUGCCAACAGACUAUUUUACAAACUUCGGGAACCAAUUGUUCAUCCUCAUUAUCAAACUCAAAUUUGGCUCUAAACCAAUAUGUUUUGGGUCUGAGAGUCUUUAAGCUAGUGAAUUCAAACAAGAAGCAAAUAUCUAACAUUCAUUUAAAUACUUAUGAUAUAAUGAAUUUGUGCUCGCAAUUUGGUAACAUAAUUGAUAUAAAUAUUAAUAACGAAUGCCAUUGUGUCACUUAUGAGAACAGAGAGUCUUUAGAAAGAGCCUUAAAUUCACUUCAAAAUCUGCAAAUAUCGUCAGAUGGAGACUUUAUUCAUGCAUAUAUACAUCAGACUUCAAACACAAUGAUCGGCGGACUAGAUAGAUCAAUGAAUCCUAUAAAUAAUAAAUGGAGUAAUGAUUUUAGUUCCUCAAACUUUCCCAAUAUUAAAGAAAUGUGUAAUACAAUAAAUUACGUUGAUAAUAUUGGGAUUUUCGGUAACACAACUACAAGUGCUUCUACAUCUUGCCGUUCAAAUACAGCAAUUAGUGCAUCAGGAGCUUCAACUACCACAAAUACCUCAACAAAUUCACCAUGGAAUAGCUUUGACAGUUCAAUAACUACUUAUGAGAGAAAUCUUUGGACAGCUUGGCUACAAGACAACAAGAGUAAUCAGAAUUCAAUUUCUAGUAGUAUUCUUAAUGAAAAUUGUGAUAACUCUAAUAUUCAAAUAAAAGAUAUAAUUGAAAUAGGCGAUGACCAGAUUGGCCAAGAAAACUAUACAGUUAAACAAAAUGCCCAAAAUGAAUUCCAAAAUAUUAUUAAUAGUAAUUGUAUUAACAAUAACAUUAAUAAUAAUAAUAAUAAUAAAAAUAAUAAUAGCAAUAGUAAUAACAAUAAUAAUAAUAAUAACAAUAAUAAUAAUAAUAAUAAUAAUGGACAUUUAAAUAACACAAUUACAAUUAAUACUAGUGCAUUAACUAAUAAUAAAAUAAAUACUAUUACUUAUUCUUCAAUAGUUGGAUCCAAUUUAAAUAAAAAUAAUUUGGUAAAAACGAUUAAUCAAAACUCAAAUGGCCAAAACAACGAAAAUUUAUUGAUUAAUACAAAUAAUUCAAUUGGGAAUAAACCCAAUAAUCAAGAUAUUAAUGCUUUUAAGUUAACCAAAAUGAUUGGUAAAUUAGAUGAAGUUAACUCGGAUCCAGUGGAGAUUAGGAGCACUACUGGAAACUUGACAUCAAUCAUUACUUCAAAUCAAUCUCCAACUUCUACUGCCUCAUCUUCAUCUUCAGCCUCAUCUUCCUCUCCAGUAACUGUAACAUCUUGCCAAAAUUCCUCAGUUAUGUUAAAGAAGUAUACUGCAAGAUAUGAGAUACAAAUACCACCUGAUAACCAAUUUCAAAUUGCAAGAAGAAUUAUUGGAACAAGAGGGAUUAAUAUGAAAAGAAUCUUCAAGUUAACUCAAUCAAAACUUAGAUUGAGAGGUAAGGGCUCUGGGUAUUUGGAAGGUUAUAAUAAACAAGAAGCGGAUGAGCCAUUACAUUUAUGUAUUUCUUCCACAAAUUCUGAACAAUACAUUAAUGCAAGAAAACUAGUAGAAAGAUUAUUAUUAAAGAUUUACCAAGAGUAUGACGACUUCUUAUUAUCAAAUAAUGAUGAUCACAAAACUCUUAAUUUGCAACUAAAAUUCAAAGAAACAAUGAGAACUAAACAGUUGUCAUCCAAUAAUUCUACUGUUAGUCAUGGCAACAAUACCACAAUCCUAUCUGGAGUUGAGUCCAAUACAAAUGAGGAUGAUGUAUUGAAUGAAUUUAAUUUUUGA